AUGCAUUAGACAUAAUUAUUAUUCCUGCUAUUCACAAUAAUAUCUUGUUAUUCCUAUCUUCCUUAGCUGGAAAUUGACUUGAAUGCUCCACCAAAAUAGAGAUGGAUGAAGGCAGUAUAAACAGUCCUUGAUUUACAUGGAUAUGAAAAUUCCUUUGGUUCAGUAUUUGCUUUUCAUAAUCAACAUUCUUUCCAUAUAUUAAACAAGGAUGACUACGAUACAAUAGCGUAUUUUUUAAGAAAGAACUUUCUAGAGCAUGCAUUAGAAUUGGAAGGGAUAGUAGAAGCUUUGAAUAGACCAGAGAUCACCUUCGAAUAUAUGGCUGGCUGGGCAUAUUUCCAUGAGAUAGCACAUGUGACGAAUUAAUUUUAAGAGUGCACAGGAGUUUUGUUAUCAGUGGGUGACUAAGUAAUUCAUGGAAGAAAUAUGGAUUAAGCACCAGGAUAAGGUAGAAAUCUGGUGUUGCAUUUAUUCAUAAAAAAGGAUGGAAAAUAUAUUGGAGAAGUAGUCGAUUGGUAUUGGUUCAAAGGUGGAUUUAUUACAGCAUAGAAAUAUAAUGUUGCGAGUCUUGAAGAAAAUUGGAGAAUUGAUAAAAGAUUAACAAAAUAAUCAGUUAUGACAUUUAUUUAAAGUGGAUUACCAUCAUUAACUUAGUCCUUUAGAGAGGUCUUAACAAAUGAUAAACUCAACACAUAUGAAAAAGUAGUUUAGUAUCUUGAGACUCAUGAGGUGGGAUGUGGUUUAUAUUAUAUCGUGAGUGGUAGUAGUAAGGAUUAAGGUACUAUUAUUACAAGAGGACCUUAAGAAACUAUUCCAUCAUUGAAAUUAAACGCCGCAAGUGGAAUUACGUACUUAGUCUAAACAAAUUAUGAUCAUUGGGAAGUGGAUCCAGAGGAGGAUCCCAGAAGAACUGUUGCAGAGGAUUUACUUUCAAAAAUGAAAAGUAAUCUAAAGAAUGAGUUUGGCAUUUAUGCUGUAAUGAAUACAUUUCCUGUCCACAAUGAAGGUACUUUUGUGACUGUCAUAAUGAAUACCAAAUACAAUAGAUUUACAACUUUAGGACAAGAAGCUAUUACAUUUUUUGAUGAUGAGUGA